AUGGAGCGACUAGUGCACGACUUGAAGACAAUGGAGACGUUGUGUUGUACCUUAGACUACCCUGGAAUUUCAGAAGAGGAUCUGAAUAAAUACAUUAAAGACCAUGGACCACUGGUCAACCCAGUGUAUGGUGAGGUGCAUGGCUAUUGGAUCGAUGGUGACUUCUUCACCCCGUAUCGGAACGUUGUCCCAGGCUGCUGCGAAUUAGCGCCUGAAAUUGCGGUGUUACUGGGGCGUUGGAUGGAUUGGUCCGGAACCAGAAAACGAGGCACUAUCCUUCUCUCAAAAGGAGGGUAUAUUUUCGAUGAACGCACAAAAAGACCCACCACUGUGAGAUCGCCUGACGUCACGUAUACCCCACGUCAUGCUACCAGAAACUCGGGGGAUCUUGAGCUGUGGCAGCGUGGUCAAGAACCGUACGCUCCUUUGUUCGUCGUGGAAAUCGACUACUUGUCGGGAGAAGAUUCUCAAUUUAUCGCGCUCGAUCAAAAAAUGCGAAAUCAGUUUUUCAGUCAUGGAGUGCAGCUAGGCUGGCUGAUCGAUCCACGCCCUGGGUCCCGUAAAAUGUUCGAGUACAAGCUUGACGAAGCUGGUAAAAUGCAUCGAGUGGACAACGAGGAGUGGAGAGACCUCGAUGGCGGUGAUGUGCUUCCAGGGUUCCGCGUUGACAAGACAGAUUUAGAGAUGCUCCUUGACCCAGAUGGUUAUGUUCCGCCCGACAACGACGAGAUCGACAUGAUCUGCCCUUGUCGAGGAUGUGACGAACGCCUCCGAUCUCUUCCAGAGAGUAUUGGUCAUCUUGAAAGCCACAGAGCUGAACGCGAGAGGCAGAAGUAUUUGGCCAAGCGUGCUGCACGCAAACGCAUUCAGUUGCGGUUGUAA